GUCCAGAGACAGGACACAGCAGGUGUUGCAGCUGAGUGCUCCAGCCUUGGCUCAUCCACCAAAAAGGAACCAAGAAAGCAGUGGAGGAGCAUUGAGAGGGGAGCAGUGUGUGGAUUAAGAAAAUCAAAAGAGGAGACAUUUGGGCUGGAAGCAGUUGAACCAGAAACCUGGGGCGCAGACUAAAACUGUGAGAAAGUAAAGUCUUUGCUGUAACAAGCACAGAUCGGCACCACCUUAGCAUCCUCAGUAUGGCAGCAAAGCUACUCCAGGCCACUGGGGGCAGAAUGAAGCAGAUGGAACAGCAGAUGGGUCAGAUGAGGCCGAUGUCAGAGAUGCAAAUGUCCUCCUCCUCCACCUCCUCCACCUUUAGCUCCCCCAUGAGCACCACCAAGCUGCGAAAAGUCUCUCAGGGCUUGUCAAGAACCAUGGAAGAGCACUCUGGGGUUCAGUGUAGGACCUCAGCUGUGGCAGAGUCUUUCAGCCAGGUACAGAAAUCCCUCCAGAUCCCUGAGGGAGAGUCUGUCCCAGAUUUUGAGGAGAAGCUGCGCCCCAUCACUGCCCAAGAGGGUGACAAUGCGGUGUUCAAAGCCAAGGUGACAGGGAAUCCCCAGCCCAUUGUUAACUGGGAACGAGCCAGUGGAUGCCCACUGUCUGAUGCGACUAAAUCUUUCUAUGACAACAUAAACAAUCAGCAUAUACUCAAGAUCAAAAACCUGAACCUGGAGGAUGCUGAUGUCUACAAGUGCAUUGCCUCCAACAAGCAUGGAGAAGCCACCUACUCUAUAUCCCUCAUUGUUACAGAAAAUCCAGCAUUGGACUUCAAAAAGAUGCUGAAGAAACGCAGUGUGGAGAAGAGAGAGGAGAAGAGGCCACCUACAGAGGAGGAGAUGUUAAAGAUCCUGGCUGGAGCUGAUAAGAAGGACUACGAGAGGAUCUGUGCCGAGCAUGGCUUCACCGACUUUAGAGGCAUCCUCAAGAAGCUGAAGGAGAUGAAGAAGAAAGUGGAGGUGGAGAUGGUACGUGUGCUGAAGCCCCUGGAGGACAUCACUGCCAAAGCUGACACCAACAUCGUCUUCGACACCAUCCUUGAACUGAAGGAUCCAAACAUCAGGAUGCAUUGGUUUCUGGGCACAGAGCUGCUGCGGAUCCAGUACUCUCAUGGGAAAUACGAAGUGAAACAGAUGGGGACCAAGCACAUGCUGUGCAUUUCUAACGUGAGCCUCAGUGACAUAGGCACCUACACUCUGCAGGUCGCAGACAAGAGACUGUCAGCCAGGCUUAAUGUCAUAGAUGAACCUCUGAAAUUCCUGUCUGACUUCAAGCCCAAGAAAGUGACGGAGCGCCAGACCGCUGUGUUUGAGGUCCAUCUCUCUAAGAAGACAGAUGCACCACUCAUCUGGAAGGUAAAGGGAAGGGAAGUAAAAAGAGAUGAAAAGUUCGAAGUGUCCCGGUCCGAGGAUGGUCUGACCUACACCUUGAAAAUUAAGGAUGUGAAAGUCAGUGACACUGGAGAUUACACCAUCAGCAUUGGAGACCUCACUGCCACCAUGCCACUUUUCAUUGCACGGAUUCCCAUCAAGUUUACCAGCCACUUAAAGAAUGUCCGUGUGCAGGAGAGAGGCAAGGCCCACCUGGAGUGUGAGAUGAGUUCCAAGGACGUGCACAUUCGCUGGCUGAAAGAUGGGUGUGAUAUCACAGCCAGCCAUCGCUACAUCUUCAUGCAAGAGGGAAAGAGGGCAGAGGUUAUCAUCGAGGACUGUGAGCUGACAGAUGAGGGAGAGUACUCUGUCAUCUGCACUCAGGACAAUGACGCACAUGAAUAUGUCUCCUUUGCCAAUCUUACCGUGGAUGAGCGUUUUGCCUCAGUGAAGAGUGGUAUGUCAGAUGCUCAGUGUCUUACAGGCUCCCCUGCAGAGCUGUGUGUUGUUCUUGAUGAUGAGAAGGUGGAUGGAGUGUGGCUGAAAGAUGGAGUGGAGAUUUCAGAGCUGAGUGGGGUUCAGGUGGUCAAACAGGGAGCCGUCCACAAGCUGAUCUUCUCUGGUGUGACUGACGCCCAUGAGGGCAAAUACACCUUCAGAGCCAAGGGGGCUGAGAGCGAGUCUGUACUCACUGUUGCAGACCCUCCAGAAGUUGAUUCCUCUGUGCUGGACUUGUUGGGGGCUCGACCUAUGACUGUGAAGGCAGGCCAGACAGCCACCAUUAAGAUCCCCUUUAAAGGCAAGCCGCCUCCCAAGGUCACCUGGUACAAGGACGGAGUGGAGGUCAUGGAGGAUGAGAGGACCAAGGUGGAGAGGACAGCUGAUGGCACCUCGCUGGUGCUCAGCAGAUGUGUGCGAGAAGACAGUGGUGCAAUUAUGCUCCGUCUGAAGAGUGAUUGUGGCACUGCCGUUGCCAACCUGCACCUCAAUGUGAUUGACCAUCCUAAGCCUCCUCAAGGGAAAGUGGAGUUCCUCGAGCUGUCGGGCAAGUGUAUCAAGAUGAAGUGGAAGGCUCCGCGCGACAAUGGGGGUAAGCAAGUAAUCAGCUUUGUGAUUGAACGGCGUGUGGCAGGUAAGAAGUCCUGGAUCAGGGUUGGUGAAGAAGACAGCAGUACCACCACAUUUAUCGAUGACAAAGUGGAAGAGGGCCAGGUGUACCAGUAUCGCAUCAGGGCCGUCAACGCGGAGGGAAUGAGUGACCCUCUCGAGACAGAGGAGGUACGCGCUGGAGAGCCCGUAGAGGCACCAGGCACAGCGUCCCAGCCCCAGGUGUCUAACAUAACCAAGGACACCAUGACAGUGAGCUGGACACCUCCAGCCCAAGAUGGAGGAGCCCCAGUUCUGGGCUACAUCUUGGAGAGGAGGAAGAAGGGGAGUAACAUGUGGUUGCAGGUCAAUAAGGAGCUGCUCACAGAUACAAAAUUCAUAGUGGAAGGGCUGGUGGAUGAUGUGGAGUAUGAGUUCAGAGUCACCAGUGUAAACAGGGCUGGAGCAGGCAGUCCUAGCACCAUUUCUAAUGCUGUCCUGGCCAAAGACCCAAUAAGAGCUCCUGGCCUAGUGAGGAACCUCUGUGUGUCUGAUUCCACAAACUCCUCCAUUUCUCUGCGGUGGACACCUCCAGAGCAGGGAGACGAGCCCUCGGGUUACAUCCUAGAGGUUCGCCCUGAAGAUGCUAAAGAGUGGAUGAAGGCCACCAAGAUCCCCAUCGCUGGCACUGCCUUCAAUAUGGGAGGACUUCAAGAGCGGAUGAAGUACCACUUCCGUAUCCGGGCUGUCAAUGAAGGAGGGGUGGGGGAGCCCAUUGAGCUGUUGGAGGGUGUACUGGCCAUGCCUCCACCUGUGGCACCCAGGUUUGACCUCCAGGGGAGGCUGAAGAACCAGAUGGUGGUCCGAGCCGGAACGGCACUUUGCCUUCACCUCAGCUUCAUUGCUUCACCUCCCCCAGUGGUAACCUGGUUCAAGGACGGCAUCAUCACUAUGGGACAAGUCGUCACCAAGAGCAUGACUCACUCCCAGUUCCUUAUUUCCUCCUCUCAGCGAUCUGACUCUGGUGUCUACCGUGUACACCUGAAGAACGACUAUGGAGAGGCUGACUAUGAUGUUAAUGUCAGGGUUACAGACUUUCCUCGACCCCCGAAGAACCUCCGCUUGGAAGAGGAGGUUCCGGGCACAGUGACCCUGCAGUGGGAUCACACCCCAGACCUGGCUGAUGAUGAUGAGGGAGCACAUUAUGUCAUCCUCAAACGUGACACCAGCACUGCCUCCUGGUUCACUGUGACCGAGUGUGUCUUCAGCAGCAAAUACACCGUCACUGGACUGCUUCCCGGGAGGAAGUACUACUUCCGAGUCAUCGCACAGAACUCUAUCGGAGACAGUGAUCCCUUGGACUCGAAGGAACCUCUCAUCAUCGCCAAAGAGAAAGAGUGCAUCAGCAGCCUUUGGUUGAAGGAAUAUGCCUCACCACCACGUCAGGUGAAACCUAUGUUCCUGCUGCCACUGAAGGACCACGCUGUUUGCAGAGGCCAUGAUUGCACCAUGAGCUGUGCCUAUCAGGGCAUGCCGACACCACAGGCCUGCUGGUAUAAGGGGGAGUCGAAGAUCUCUGACUCCCCUCGGUUUUGGCAGAGCACAGCCAACGGAGUGUGCACCCUGGUCAUCCCCACCUGUGGAGCAAAAGAUGGUGGAGAAUACACACUGGUGCUGGAGAACUCUUUGGGGACGGCCAAGUGCUCCUGCAACCUGGUGAUAUUUGAUAAGGAUGACAAAGGUGUGUUGGAGAGCCUGACCAAGCAGGCAAACAAAGAGAAGCUUAUUUUGUAAGAAGUCUGCUUGAACUGUUGCCACGAAAGAUGCACUUUGAUUGGCCACUGACCUUAUGCUGCAUGUACUGUCGCCACUAGCACUGAUUUUAGCUGUGGUAAGACAUUAUAAAUCUAUAAAUCAUAUUUUUGAUUGACUUGAAUUUCAGAUUUUUAGGUCAAAAUGCUGUUUUUCCCCGAUCUUUCAACUCUUUUUACUGUUUCCCUGGCUCUGGUAAUGCAUUAAAUGACCACCAGAGGUCAGACGUGCUCCCAUCCUUGUGUAGGCAUGCUACACCAGGAGCAGAUUAAUUAAUGUUUGGUGUGUUGGAGGGAUUUUACUCAUUAGUCAGCUCGCUCAGCCCGAAAGAUUGUACUUUCUCUCUAAGUCACAAACGCUUUUCUCUGUAUAAAGACAUUUGACUUUCAUCUUUUGUCCCCUUGCCCCCCCACCACAAAAAUACACUGGUUUCACAGGUCUUGCUGUACCAGGCCACAUGCAUAACAUUCAAAACAAAAAUCAUUUAAUAUAACAGUACACAGUGCAUCAUAUCCAGACAAGCCACUUUGGAACCAUAGUUCAAGAGUCUGAGGCUGGUUUGAGUCAAGUGGCAUACACACUGCCAAUUAUGCAACUAGUCAAAAUCCUGCUUCCUUUUGAGGUAUCCUGGUAGCUUAGUUUGUUAAUCUGCAUAACAUGAAAUGUCCUGGGUUUGAAUCCAGUCUACAACUUUUAUUUUGCCAGGUGCAUUCUACUAUGGAUGGAAGAAAAACACACAAAUGCCUCGAAAUGUAUCUCAAACAAAUAUAGAAAUGAUUUCACCUCCCAUAAUUUGCCAAUGCAUAGAAUGUCACCAGAAAGUAUUAGGACAGUGACACAUUUUUUGUAUUGUCUCUGUCGAGCACAUAAUUGGAUUAUUGGAUUUGAAAUGAAACAAUGAGGGUAAGGUGCUGACUCACAGCUUUGCAGGUAUUAUUGUCCACAUUAGAUGAGCUGUGUACCUUUUUAUAAAUACCAGUAGUCUCAAAGUUAACAUAAAUGUUAAGUUAUUAUAUUUCUAUGAAGUAUAUGACUGUUUACAACUCAAGACGCUUGUUAUUUUCCCUGCUGACGCUUUGCCAGGCCUGCACUGCAGCCAUUUACACUUCUUGCUGCUUUCGGGGCUUUUUGCAUUCAGUCUGGUCCCCAGCCAGUGCAACACAAGCUCCAUUGGAUUGAGGCCUGAUGUUCAGCUUGGUAUGUCAAGUGGUUGCCUUUAAAAAACAAAUGUUUUGCCUUCUCUAUACAUUUAGGAUCACUGUCCUGCUGUAUUGACCUAAGAUUUGGGGACAGUGUAUAAAAAGACCUACAAUUACGACACUGUUCAUCCAAUGUAGUUUAAAUACAGAUUUUAUUUUAGUCUUAGAACCUGAAUGUCCACUUUAACCUCACUGUGAUUGUUCAUUUCAAAUCUAAUGUGUAGAAACAAAAUAAAAAAUGUGUCCUAAUACUUUCCGAAUGCAGUGUGUGAUGGCUUCCCUCAGGUUAAAGAGGCCUGACAGCCUCUGUAUAGACAUUGCCUCAGAGUGGUCGGCUGCUGCUUGAGAGAGUGUGGUCUGGUAAGGAGCUGCCAAAUAGACAGAGAGAGGUUACAAACCCUCUCCAUCCUGACGUCACUGUGCUGGCUCACACAAACUCCAUUUCUAUAGACCCACCAGGGGACCGGCAGUGUCAGGUUGCCAGGUUCAAAUCAAUUAAGCACCAAAAGGCCCUAAACCGACGUCACUGCUACCUUCCGACUCCUCACUGCUCAGCUAAGGCACAAUAAAGUGGAAGUAGUUUUAAGUGAAAGCCUGAAUAGUCAAGUUAGGUAUUUGACAGAAACUAAAGGCUGCUACAUUGUAUUUAUAUGACUGAACCUAAGAGAUACAGGAUGAAAACUUGAAUGGAGCAAUAUUGUACGGCAUGGAGAUAAUUGUAGUGUCUUUCACAUUUAUUUGGAGAUUUGGUGUCAUUUCAUUGGAUUUCAUUAUUUCAGUGGAAGUAUGUGUCACCAAGCCUGUUUUUAUAAAGGCCAUUACAGAGAUGCCUCA